AGUUCUGAUAUUUAUUGCAUUUCGUUUGGAUUACUGAAAGUAAUGACUUAUUUUAGAGUUAAAAUGUUGAUACAAUAUGGUGAAAUAUAUAUUCAACUCUGACAGCAAGCUCAAACGAAUACUGAAAAAAAAAUAUUCAAAAAUUCACUUUUGACUCAAUCAAAUAGAAAAUUUCCCUUUAAUUUUUAGACGAACAUUAUUUGUUUUCGAUUUUUAUUUUUUCUAAACUUUACCGGUUUUACAUAAAUAAAUUUAUAACUUUUCAACAUGCAACGAAUGAGAUUGUCCGAGAAGAAACGACGGCGCCAGCUGGAAAACUACAGAAACAUGAUAUUGAUGGUGAAGCCGCGUGUAGAUGAUGUUUCGCCAAAACUCAAUAUCAGAGAUGUUCUACGCGCAUCCAAAUUACGUGACGACUGCAACGCCUUCGAACGCAUAAGACGCAUGAACAACGAGCUGUUGCGCAGCGUCAACAUGAUCUCACGCAUUGGUGGACAAUUGGAUACAUUUCGUGAGAAUCGCAUGAGUCAUACGCCUAGAUCUCGCAUACCCUUACUAGUGUUGCGCAACCGCUAUAUCGAGCGAGAUAAUGCCAAAUUUGGACAACUGCUGAAGACGGUCGGCACCACCUUGGACACACACGUCGCACCACAUUUGCUGCGUCAUGUGCGUAAAAAUUCCAUCGAGUUUGUCGUGCCCGCACAGAUCUUGGCCAAGUAUAGUCAAUUGCAAAUGCCACCCUACUCACAGCUGCGUCGUCUGUUGCGACCCGUCAUCUAUUUCGAUUUCUACGUGAAGGGCUUGCGUCCGGCUGGACGCAUCACCAUACAACUGUACACGGAGGCUUGUCCGCAAGUCGUAUUGGCUUUUGUGCGCGCCUGUCGCAAUAGAGAUAAAAAUUGUAUUAUGGUUAAUCGUCUCUUCCCCGGUCUGUGGCUGGAUUGUUGUCUGCUUAUACCGCAAGAGCAGAAAAUCAAACCGAAACGCAUUGAGUAUGACAUGCGUGCACUGGAUCAUAAUCGGCCAGGCACAUUGGCUUUCUCGCUAGAUAAUCAGGAUGCUUUGCAUAAGGAUGCCUUGAAAUUCUCCAUAAGUCUCAAGCCAUUGCAGGUGUUAAAUGGCAAACGUGUGGCCUUCGGUGUGGUGAGCAGUGGCACAAAGGUGUUGGACUCCAUGCAAGUCUUUGGCAUGAAGAAGAGUGGCAAGCUGACGAAGAGCAUCAUAAUUAGCGAUAUGGCUUUGCUAGUUUAGUGGUACGUGUUGCACCACUUUGUACAAAUAUUAAUUUCUAGUCUCUUUGUAAAUUAUUUGUAAAAAUUUAAAAAAUUCUAAAAAGA